AGUGUCCAACAAUAAUAAGCAACAUGAAGACAAGCACUGCAACCACUCUCGCUCUGGCCGUUGCGCCGGCAUUGGCUAUUCCUCCACCUGACUUUGGCUUCCCAGAGGCGCCAAAUGAUACGGCUCUCACAGCAGUCUUCACCACCACAAAUGGAACAGUUCCGGUCACAGAAGGAGCACUCUUCGGCAUCAACAUCCCAGAGAACGUCCCAACGCUGAGCGUCAACACCUCAGCAUUCCAAUCCCUGGCCAACUACUCCGGCGAAUACUUGGUCCUUAUGGUCGACCCAGAUGCUUCUUAUCCAGAGAUGCCCAACAAUCGAUUCAUUCUUCACUGGAUGCAAGGAAACUUCACACAGUCCGACAACAACCCAGCCACUCUCCCGCUCUCCACAGUCGGACGACCAUUGGAGAACACUUCCGCGCCCAUCGUAGAAUACCUACGUCCUUCGCCUCCAACAAACUCAAGCGCGCACCGCUACAUCCUCUACGCAUUCCAGCAACCAAUGAAUUUCAAAAUCCCAGAACAAUGGUCUGGUCUCAGCAACAGCAACCGCUCGCGCUUCAAUCUCACGAACUUCAUCAAUGAUACGCAACUCGGCAAUCCGGCUGCUGCCAACUUCUUUUAUGUUUCGAAUCAGACUAGUGUGCCUGGCGACUUCAACGAGACUGCUGGUAAUAGCUACCCCGAUGGUGAUGGUACUGCUGUUACUUCUGGAGAUCCGUACAUGCCAACCGGGUCAACUGCUUCGGGAACUUCUAGCAGUUCGGCGGGUGCGGCCAUGAUUACUGGUGUGGGAAGUCUAGUUGGGGCAGGACUUGUUGGCAUUGCUGCUUUGAUGUAAAUAUAUCGCAGCGACUUGUAGUAUAGUGUCAUACAGGAGACUUUUCGCAC